GUGCAACAGUGUCUAGAAAAGUCAAGUGCAAAAUAUGCCGACUCUGCGAAAUCGGACAUUCUCGGCGCUUUAGCCGAAUUUAAGGAUCUCUUGCCAGAUACGGAAAGCUACACAUUCCCAGAUGGUAAACGCAAAACAGCUUUUCGCUUGCACGGAACUAUUCCAGUGUUUUACAAGGGCGCCAGAUAUAAUAUUCCUAUAUCAGUGUAUUUGUGGGACACUCAUCCAUAUUAUGCUCCUAUAUGUUACGUAUGUCCCACGCCGACGAUGGUCAUACGUGAGUCAGAGCACGUAACGAAGCAAGGUCGUGUAUUUCUACCGUACCUAAAUGAAUGGCGGUUCCCGGGUUAUGAUUUGAACGGCUUGUUGCAGGUGAUGGCGAUGGUAUUUCAAGAGAAAUGUCCGGUAUUUGCGAAGUCAACAUCAGCAUCUGCCAACAGCACUCCUACACCUUCUUCUGCCACCUCACAGCCAACACCAUCAUAUCCCACGCCUUAUCCGACCACAAAUCCCUCGAUGCCAACUCCAUAUCCGACUGUCAUGCCACCUUAUUCAGGGCAAACCCCCUAUCCCACGGCAGGCACUCAAUUUGGAAAUGCAUAUGUGAAUACUCCAUAUCCACAACCGCCGAUUCCAACUCGACCGACUCCACCAGUUCCACCAGUUCCUACUUCAUCAACGGGUACGCUCCAGCCAGAGCAUAUUCGAGUAUCAAUAAUUAGUGCCCUCGAGGAUAAGCUGAGAAUGCGGCUGAGAGAGAAAAUGGGCACGUCUCAUGCAGAAAUGGCUUCGAUUCGAGAAACUCAAUCUGAACUGCAAGCUGGUCAGCGAACUCUUCGCAACAUGAUAGAAGAACUCGAAAAACAGCAAAAGCUCCUAGAGUCCUUCAUUUUCGAUAAAAAAGCCGAACUGACGCGAACGUUGGCAGAAUGUGGCGGUGACAGCGAAAACAAAACGGUUGAUAUCGACCAAGCCAUCGAUGCGGCCACACCGUUGCAUAGACAGAUAGUGACGAAUUACGCUCAAGACUUAGCAUGUGAUGACGUCAUUUAUGCACUCGGUAUGUUUUUUCUGAAGAAGAUAUCUGUUCAAGAAUAUCUGCGGUACGUACGAGAUAUCUCACGAAAGCAAUUCAUCUUUCGGGCCACAAUGCAGAAGUGUCGAAAAGCGGCGGGUUUACCAAUUUAA